UCCGUCCCGCGCGUGAAACGCAGCGCACGACAGCCGAGCACCCAGCGGGGCAUCGCAGGUAUCGUGUCCGCAGACCGUCACCCGAGUGGAGGCGAAAGACGCGCACAGCACCUCCGGCACAUCGAGGACCAUGGAGAGCGCAGGCAACGGCUCGGACGCGGCUUACCGGAGCCAGCUCCCGGUGCUCCACAGCAACAGCAGCUUCUGUCUGAACUUCACCGACGGCAACAACAACACGAGCUUCGCGGAGGCGCGAUGCGACGCGGAUCGCGGACUGACCGGCAGCCUGGACGACGACGCCAACCCGGUUAUCAUAGCGAUUGUCAUCACCGCUCUCUACUCCAUAGUGUGCGUGGUGGGGCUGGUGGGAAACGUGCUGGUUAUGUACAUCAUCGUCAGGUACACUAAAAUGAAGACCGCCACCAACAUCUACAUCUUCAACCUCGCCCUGGCCGACGCCUUGGUCACCAGCACGCUACCUUUCCAGAGCGUCAACUACCUGAUGGGGACCUGGCCGUUCGGGGACGUGCUGUGCAAGAUGGUGAUGUCCAUCGACUACUACAACAUGUUCACCUCUAUCUUCACGCUCACCACCAUGAGCAUCGACCGCUACGUCGCCGUGUGCCACCCAGUCAAAGCGCUGGACUUCAGGACGCCGCACAAUGCCAAGAUAGUCAACGUCUGCAACUGGAUUCUCUCAUCGGCCAUCGGGCUGCCCGUCAUGUUCAUGGCCUCCACCGCUGUCACUCCCUCCAGCAUUGUUGACUGCAAGCUGAUUUUCCCCCACCCAUCCUGGUACUGGGACACCCUGCUGAAGAUCUGCGUGUUCAUCUUUGCCUUCAUCAUGCCCGUCCUCAUCAUCACCGUCUGCUACGGCCUCAUGAUCCUGCGGCUCAAGAGCGUGCGCAUGCUGUCGGGCUCCCAGGAGAAGGACAGGAACCUGCGUCGGAUCACCCGCAUGGUCCUGGUGGUGGUCGCCGUCUUCAUCAUAUGCUGGACGCCUAUCCACAUCUUCGUCAUCAUCACGGCUCUGAUCAAAAUCCCCAGUUCCACGCUGCAGACUAUCACCUGGCACUUCUGCAUCGCCCUGGGCUACACCAACAGUAGUCUGAACCCGGUUCUUUACGGCUACCUGGAUGAGAACUUCAAGCGCUGUUUCCGUGAGUUCUGCACCCCGAGUCCAUCGGUGUUGGAGAUGCAGAACUCGUCCCGGACCGGAGCCACCAGCCGCAAGCUCCCCCAGCGUGAACAGAACAGUGCAAACACAGGAGAAAGGUUCAAUCAACAGGUAUGACUAGCCUUGGAGGGGUCGUCGGUGGACUCCCGCUGUUGUGGCGGCGUCGCCAACGACGAUCUCAACUCAGAGGUCACGCAGGUCACCACGGGGCUCUGACCGCACACACACAAACCACACAAACAACACAAACAAACGGGAUAUGACUGAGACUCAAUAGCACAGACCAUUCUGACGAUGUAUGGAAAGCUUGACCGCAGCGCUGCAUCAGAUCACUCACUGCAUGGCUGUGCAAGGCUUUUACUGUUACUGACACGGAUACAGACAUGUGUAGAGCUAGACUAAACAGAAAACCAAGCAUCAUUACAAUAACAUAGCCUCAUGAGAGAAGAAGUUGUUGCACUAAAUUGUGCAUUAAUGCGACUGCAACUUUUUAAAUUAUUUUCAUUGUUCAUAUGCCUUUAAAGACUAUAUAGACAGAAUAUGUGCAGCAAAGAAAGACAGCUGUAGACAGAUCUAUAAAACUCUAUUAUGAUGUUGCUUUGUUCUCUCUGCUCUGUACAAAGUUGCCUCAUUGAUCUGCGCCUCCUGUCCGAACCCUCGUCCUAAUUCUAUAGGUUUUAAAAAGAAGAUCAAUUAAUUGUUGUGUGUUUGUGUUUGAGUUCCUUUCACUUCACGCCAAUCUGUCGCUUUUCCUCCCGAUGUUUUCUUUUUCAACUGUUUGCACAUGUGAGAGGACAGUUUAGGUUUAGUUUAUGUGGAUUUACAGCAGUUACUGGUAUGGGAUCUAAUCCCAUUUUGGACUGUUUAUUGCCCUUUAUGUCUUCUUUCCUUUCCUUUCAUUUCUUCUAUAUUUAUCUUGUCUCUGUAAAGACCUUUUCUACCCUCUUGUUGGACUGUACAGCACCGUAUGUUCUCUCUGCUGAAUUUGACAAACUUCUGAAUGUACAGAAGGAAAACCAGCUGUGUUCAUCACACUGGAUCCUUGUGCUGAACUGUGGAUCAUCUAAACCAGCAAAGAAGCCGCAUCGGCCUGUGUGCACAGAGCAUGCUAUUGUGGCAUGUAGUGCAAACAUAUGGCACUACCAGUGUAUGAUUAACUACAUCUUAACAGCCAUUACACAAGGUAUGGGCUUAAAUGGAGUGACGUGUGAGCCAAGCAGGAUUGUACAUGUGUGUGUAAUCAUUAGAAUUGCUUGUGCUUACGUGUUGUGCUGUAUGCUAUAUUUGCCAGUUGCCUUUACAGUAACUCUCCUCAAUAUUCUGUGAAUCAGUAUUUUUUUUAAAUGAGCUGUACAGCUGAACAUGAUUGUAUUCGUCUCUCAUGUAAAAUACUGUAUGCAUUGUGUUGCUUUUUUAUAAACACGAAAUCAUGAAUUUGCCGGAAGAGAAUUCGAUGGACCAGCAAGUCAUCGUGCUUCUGAACAGAAGUUUUGUCAUAUUGAAUCUGCCUUGUUGACUGAAGAGAUGUCUAUUAAUCAGAAAAUAACGUGUGUAAAACCUUUAAAUUGUGAAUUCUAACAUGUAUGCAGAGUUUAACUUCAUAGACUGUUUCAUAUGUUUCUUUGUUUGUUUGGACUGAAAACUUAAUGUUUGAUGAUGUCUCAGUCUAUUUUUGGUAUUACUGCUUUCCGUAAGUUUUGAAGGAAAAUACAGUAGAUUGUUGUUAUUGUUUGCAGUCAGGCCGCCAGCUACCGUGACAGAAAAAUUUGGCUAAAUUAAAAUAUUACUUAUCACAAAAACAGCAGCCGAGUUUGGCCCGUGUGUGGCAUCAAACAUCACAUGCUGAAUUUGAUGUGUCAUCUUGCAAAACACAUUAUGUGCACGAAACAAAUGUUGAGGAGCCGGUUGUCACUUUCUUAUGCUAUGUAAUGCAUUUCAGGCCAAGGAAGAGGAAAAGCAACAGUCUAAAAUAUUCAGCACGAAGGUCCUGAGUUUGUAUGUUUUCAUGUUUCUCUGUGUGCUCUUAAAGGUCUCGAAAAGCUCUAAAAUGCCCCCCCCCCACCCCCCCAGCUAAAUGGGGUUAUUUUCGAACAAAUGGUCUUACAUUUUUCCUGAGCAUAGAAGUAAUACUAGGAGCUAAUUAGUUAAUUUCCUCCAUGGAUCAUUAAAUAGUGAGGGUGCUGGUUUUUUGCCCAGCAGACAUUCAGCUGUAGCCUCAGUCUUCGAGCACGGUGCUCAUGUAGUUCAUAUUUAAGUCCCGAUUUACAGGAUUCUCAUUUUAGAACGAGCCAGCUGGCAAUAUUAAAAAGUCAGCCAGAAACAGUGUUAGUUAGUUAGUCAGCUACAGCUGUUAAAAUAUUCCAGUUGUCACUUAAACAGUCGCAAACAGUCACUGCUCGAUAUGAGAAGUCUACUUGAGAUUAACGGGAAUAGCACAGUAACUUGCUGGGGUUGAGGCUUGUCAGGCUGUAAAUCAUGAUAAUGAUAUUUAAUCAUCAUGAAAUAAGAAAAUGAACAUAACACACAGAGAGUGACAUUUGGCUUUAAUGUAACCUGAAGAUCAUGUUGCUGCAGAAGCAUUUGAUGACCAUACUCUGAGGAUAAUCUGUAAUAAAAUCAAUGUGAUCUGUUAACACGCCAACACCAAACUAUUUGCUUGUUUUCUGACUCGAUCAUGAUUUAACUCGUAUUCUAUUCUUGAAAUGGCAUUUCUUGUAAUCUGAUGUACAAACGAUAAUUUUUCAUUUAUGGAUGCCACAACACGAUAUAUAUAA